AGUAAUUUGUGCGCAGUACUCUACAGAGAGGGACUCGUCUCUAAAUGUUUUUCUUAUUGUUUGUAACUCGGAAACUCGGUUUGCCGUUGAUCAGCAGAUGCCUCUUCUGCACGUUAGUGCAGGUGAAGUUACAAACUGUUAAUAUUAAUUAUUGUAAGGCGUGUCUCCGUGCUGACCUUGAACAUUCAGGCGAAGUUUGAUUAGCGUUUUCCUCAUUCUCAGUGCGUUAAUAUGAACUACCUGACAGACAGGCUGGGUGAGUUUGAGAUCCUUCAACAUUAAUGCGCCUGCAAACGGAUAAAACAACAGGAUCAUGGCUGGGAUCAAGUGCGCAGUGUUUCUGUUUCUGGUGCUCCUGACAUUUACGUGGACUUUAACCAGAGGAGAUACCGAUGUGUCCUGCAUUUUCAUGGAGACCUGCAUGCUGCCAUGCAGCUCUGAGGGAGCCACUGCAGUCAUCCACUGGUUCCAGCAAUCAGCAGGAAACCGUUUUGUUCAUUCAUUCUAUGAAGGCAAAGACCAGCUUGGACUGCAGAACCAGCGCUUCAGAGGCAGGACGUCACUGUUCAGCGACCAGAUCUCCUCAGGAAACGCCUCACUCCUGCUGACAAAGGUGGAGGUUCAGGAUGAAGGGAGAUACAAGUGCUACACCAGCACUGAAAAUGGAAUCAAAGAAUCAUUUAUCAAUUUAAAAAUGGAUGCUCCAGUCCAUGAAGUUGACAUUCAGCGGGAAGGAAACACACUCACCUGUUGCUCAGAGGGGAUCUACCCUGAGCCUGAGCUCACCUGGUCCACCAGUCCUCCAUCCAAUGUGAACAGCAAGUGCAACACCAGGAUGCAGGAGACUGAGCAACACCUGUACAACAUCAAUAGCUCUGUGACACCUUCAGACAGCGACACUGAUCUGACCUUCAGCUGCACCAUCAGCACUCGCCGUAGCAAGAGGAGUGUAACUUGGCCCUCCACCUCAUCUAAACAAAGUAAUUCAGGAGCUACUGUAGCAGGAGUGAUUGCAGCCAUUGUGAUUACAGGGGCAGUAGCAGCAGUAGGCUUCGUGCUGUAUAAGCGCAGAAAGUCGAUACCUCAGAGCAACACCAACAAAACACAUACUGACACUGAACUUAAGGUGGAGCUGAAUAGAAGCUCUGCCACGGAACAUCUGGCAGACCCCAAGCAGACCCCAGCAGCUCUGCUUCAGCCCUGCACUGAACCCUCCUGAGUGCUGGAUCUCUGCUCAGUAAAGCAAAAACUUUCAUAAGUGAAAAACCUGCUGAAAACGACAUUCAAAUGAGUUACUUAGUUACUCAUACGUGCACUGAGGAGCAAGGACACUUUUUUUUUUUUAAUUCUGUUUUUGUCUAUGCUGAUUCUUGGUCAUAACCUAAAUAUUUUGAUAUGCCUCCUUCUGGACCUUUGAUUUUUGGUUGUGCAGCACAAAGAAGAAUGUUGCAAAAAAGAAGAGUCUCAGUCACAGAGGCAGCUUUGAUUUGUUUGUCAAAAACUGCUGAUAAACUUGAGUUUAGCUACUAGCUGGUAGCUUUUCAACAUGUUCUUCUACUGUGGAACGAAAAAAUAACAUUAAGCACUGCAGACAGUUUUAGAUGAUGUGAGAGAUACUUUUUUUUUUCUUGUUAUUUGUGUUUACAUAUGAUUGAUUUGUUUUAUGCAGUUUAAUAUAAAUGUAAAUGUCUGAAACUGACAUCCUGCACAGUGUUUACAGCUACCAACUAUUUUCAGUCCUGAAUGGGCUGAGAUGAGGGACCGUUUAAUUUAAGUGCAGCAGACAUCAUUUCAAACUUCAGAGAUGAUCAAGUUUACAGCUGUUGUUUGAGUCAUCUGGCAUUUAAUAAACACAGAGGGGGGACCGUCAAGCUGCUGGAAGAACCACGCAGAACAUCUUAAGGUGGAUUUGUACUGUAUUGUAGUAAAAAUACACUGUCACCAGGACAGGAUCUCACCUGCUGUGUCUCGGAGGGCAGCUAAAAAUAAAAGGUGGGUGAGAGAAAGA